CAAUUGAGAUUAAUUGUAAAUGAGCUUUAAAAGUCGAUUGCAAUAAUUCUUCGUCCAGCAGUUAAUCAGACCAAUUGUUGGCGGCUUACGGCAUCGGUUACAGAUGGGCAUCAGUGAAGUGUUAAUUUACGGUUGUUGAGCCCACCGCGGGCUUGUAUGUGACUGAUUGUGAUGAAAUAAAUAUUUUUCCCAAACGAGACGCGGGAUAAUAGCCAGUGUUGCCAACCAUAUUUAUUUUUUUUUACUUGGAGGAAACCCGAGAAAAGGGUGGUGAGAAUCUGUUGUGGCAAUUUGUGUGAAGAUCUCGUUGGCCAGAGACCGCUGUGAGUGCAAUAAUACCAAGCCAAGGUGGAACGCUGAGAGGCGAGAAUGGAUGAGAUUAAGGCAGCUUUGGCGGAUGCUGAUCCGUUUAGCAGCUGGUGGCCGUUCGUGAUAUCCGGUGUCGUGUUUCUGAUCACCACCGUCAGGAUGUACAUGGGCGGCCAAGCGUGCCCCAACUCGAACUCGAUCCGGGACCUGGUGGUGGUGGUGACGGGCGCGGCCGGUGGCAUCGGCAAGGAGCUGUGCAAGGAGCUGGCCGGCCGGCGGUCGGCGCACGUCAUCAUGGCGUGUCGCAACCUGGACAAAGCGGACCAGGCUCGUCAAUCAAUCGUGCGGGAGCUGCCGGGGGCGGAGCUGGAGCUGCUGGCGCUGGACCUGCGGUCGUUCGAUUCGGUGCGUCGGUUCGUCCGGGAAGUGCAGAGCCGUCACGCCAAGGUGGACGUGCUGAUCAAUAACGCCGGCAUCAUCUUCCACCCGCAGGAGCGGACCGUGGACGGGUUCGAGGCGCACUUGCAGUGCAAUUAUUUGGGUCACUUUUUGCUAACCCAGCUGCUGCUGCCGCUGCUCGGACGGUCCGAGCAGGGCCGGGUAAUUAAUGUGGCCGCCCAUGGGUACACCGCCGGCAAGAUGACCAUCGAGGACCCGCUCAACAUCGGGAGCUGGGCGCCGGGCUUUCACGCGCGGGACGCCUUCGCCCACUCGAAGCUGGCGGUGGUGAUGGCCAGCCGGCAGCUGGCGGCCCGGCUGCGGAAGGCCAAAUCCGCGAUUACCGUCAACUCGUGCAGUCCGGGGCUGGUUCGUGGGACGGAACACCUGCGUCACUCGCCGAUUAUGAGGGCACUGUUUGCGCGGACCCUGACCUACCCGUGGAUGUGGCUGUUCAUGAAGAGUCCCUACCAGGGCAUCCAAACUAUGGUGCGGCUGGCGACGGAUCCGGCUUUGAGGGACACUUCCGGCGAGUAUUUCAACGAUUGUGAAAUUACGGAAAUUACCGAGCUGGCAAAGGAUGAUCAGUUGGGGGAAAAGUUGUUCAAAGAAACCAUGAAAGCCCUUAAGUUACCACAGUGAGGCUUUCAAUUAAUGAUAAGAAGACUUACUAAAUAUUCUUAAGUUUUUCUCUUUUCUUAAUAAAAACUAUUCAAAAC